GGUAAUGGCAAUUGCUGCCCAACCGGCCAUGGAAGUUGCACUAAAGAAGAAACCUCCGACCAAGGAAAGGCGAGUUGUUGUGACAGGGAUGGGUGUUGAAACACCGCUUGGUCAUGAUCCUCAUGAAUUUUAUGAAAAUCUGCUUCAAGGUGUCAGUGGCAUAAGUGAGAUCGAAGCUUUUGACUGUUCACAGUAUCCAACAAGAAUUGCUGGAGAGAUCAAGUCUUUCUCGACUGAUGGCUGGGUUGCACCCAAACUUUCUAAAAGAAUGGACAGGUUCAUGCUUUACAUGCUAACGGCUGGUAAGAAAGCACUGUCAGAUGGUGGAAUUACUGAAGACAUUAUGGAUGAAUUGGAUAAAAGAAGAUGUGGAGUUUUAAUUGGCUCUGCUUUGGGUGGAAUGAAGGUUUUUAAUGAUGCAAUAGAGGCUUUGAGGGUUUCGUAUAGGAAGAUGAAUCCUUUUUGUGUUCCAUUUGCAACUACAAACAUGGGUUCUGCCAUGCUUGCCAUGGACCUGGGAUGGAUGGGUCCAAAUUAUUCAAUUUCAACAGCAUGUGCUACAAGCAACUUCUGCAUAUUGAAUGCUGCUAACCACAUCAUUAGAGGUGAAGCUGACUUGAUGCUGUGCGGUGGAUCAGAUGCAGCAAUUAUACCAAUUGGAUUGGGAGGAUUUGUUGCAUGCAGAGCACUUUCACAGAGAAAUGGUGACCCUGCAAGAGCUUCUCGGCCUUGGGAUAGUAAUCGUGAUGGAUUUGUUAUGGGUGAAGGAGCCGGAGUCCUGCUUCUGGAAGAACUUGAGCAUGCCAAGCAAAGAGGUGCAACUAUCUAUGCUGAAUUUCUAGGUGGAAGUUUUACUUGUGAUGCUUAUCACAUGACAGAGCCUCAUCCUGAAGGAACUGGAGUCAUCCUAUGCAUAGAGAAGGCAUUAGCUCAGUCAGGGGUAUCCAAGGAAGAUGUAAACUACAUUAAUGCGCAUGCUACAUCCACAUUAGCAGGAGAUAUUAAGGAGCAUCAAGCUCUUCUCCAUUGCUUUGGCCAGAAUCCAGAGUUGCGAGUUAACUCCACAAAAUCUAUGAUUGGUCACCUGCUUGGAGCUGCUGGUGCUGUUGAAGCUGUGGCAACUAUUCAGGCAAUACGAACUGGUUGGGUUCAUCCAAAUAUUAAUCUUGAAAACCCAGAUGAAGGCGUGGAUACAACUAAACUUGUGGGUCCCAAAAAGGAACGACUGGAUAUUAAGGUGGCAUUAUCUAAUUCAUUUGGAUUUGGUGGCCACAACUCAUCAAUCUUAUUUGCUCCUUACAAGUAGAUCUCUCGGGCAAUGUUGGUGCAUCUGACAGAUACAAAAGGAAUAUGGGGAAGGAUCGUUAAUUCCAGAGUCACUAUGGACACUUUUAGAAGAGACCUGUGUCUCAAAUGGCGGUGGUCGAUGUAGAGAAUUCCUUUUUAGAUGAUUGUUGGAGACAGAAGAACCUGAAGUGCAGAAUGGGCAAAGGAUCAACUUCUUCUCCAUAGUGUGACAAUCUCCUUAUCUCUUUGCUAAACUGAAAUCUUUUUUCUUAAAUAUCCUUGCACAUAACAGCCAAAUGAUUUAUGGAAACUGAGUUGGCGUAUGACCUUUAGGUGGUUGCAUAUGGCCCUUAAUACCUAGUGAACUAGUUUCCUUGUAUAAUCGGAGAAUGCCAUAUAGUCUAUAACAGCUUUUAGUUUUGCCUUUCCAAGAUUUACUGCACUUGACAUUUAUUAAUUUGAGUGGACAAACUCUUAAUAA